CUCCCCCAUUCAUAAACUAAGUCUCCCCCUCUGCCCCUUUGUACCUCUUAAAGGGCCAGACCCCAGGCAGCAGGAGGAGCUGCCCCCAAAGUUCAGAUGCAUUGUGGGAAGAGAGAGUUGCUUUCAGUUUUGCACCAAAGGAAGAGGAGAAGCAAGGAGGAAGAGCUGCAGCACUCUGGAGGUCACAGAUUCACUAAGGACAGCAUCACCCAUGGGAGAAUGUGGGGCAUCUGGAAUUUUGGCCAGGGGCGUUGAGAGUUCCGAAGGAAUUCCUAUUGCUGAAAUGACGCGAACCGCCUUAGUGAGAGACCUGGAGGUGUCUGUGAGUGAUGUGGACGAGGCAGACACCUCGAUAAUCCUGCAUUUGCAGCCCUACUUGGAGGACACAGAUGACCUGCAGCCGGGUCAGGACCAGACGGCUUCGAAUGACGGUGGGCUCCUGAAGCAUUCGACCACUUUGACCAACCGCCAAAGGGGCAACAUAGUUUCUGCCUUGCCAGCUACUCUGGACACACUGUCCAUUUACCAGCUAGCAGCUCAGGGCGAGCUUACCCUGCUGAUGGAAAAUCUGCAGAAAGAUGAGAAUCUGGUGAACAAACCAGACAAGCGAGGCUUCACUCCGCUGAUGUGGGCCUCGGCUUUUGGAGAGAUGGAAAGCGUCCGCUGUCUCCUGGAACUGGGCGCUGACCCCCACGCCCUCGCACACCAGCGGGAAAGUGCCCUAUCACUCGCCAGUACUGGAGGAUACACCGGCAUUGUCAUCCUACUGCUGGAAAAGAAUGUCGACAUCAACAGCUAUGACUGGAACGGCGGGACCCCACUCUUGUAUGCUGUGCGGGGCAAUCACGUGAAAUGCGUCGAGACGUUGUUAGCACGAGGUGCCGAUCUUACCACUGAAGCAGAUUCUGGGUACACACCAAUGGACCUGGCUGUGGCACUGGGUCACAAAAAAGUCCAGCAGGUGAUUGAAAAUCAUAUUCUGAAAUUAUUCCGGAACAGAGAGACUGACUGAAGGAUCCCCUUUCUUGGUCCAGGGGAAUAACCUGCCAUGAAGAAUAAAGCAAGAACUGAAUCACACAAUUGCUGCGGCACCUGGGCAAGGGCGGUGGUUGGAAAUUCCAGGAACUGGAACUCUAGACUGUACUUCUUGCCAAGAGGGUAGGAGCCUUUGGAGUUCAGCCUCCUCUCUCUGGCCUGAAAACAAUGAGUAGGAUGUAUGGUGCUACUCCUCCUGGGUAAAACGUUUCCUCUUCCCUACAGCUGUGCCAUGUAGAUGGCAGACGGGGGGACACAGACCUCCAGAUUGCUCAUGUAAGUGAGUCGAGCCACAAACUGCUAUAAAAAAAAGAACUUGUUUGUUUCCCCAUGACUACAAGCCGGUCAUGUGCGUGUAUGUGUUUCCGGACUGUUUCCUAGUCACAUUUAAAAGAAAGAAAAACUUUAUGUAAGCAUUUAAAAAUUCAAAUGACUUCCUAAUAUGAAAUUUUGAGGGUUUCCAGGAAAAAAAAAGCUGCAAAGGGAAUGAAAUGUGCCUUUUCAUGCUGGCUUGCAAAUUGCCGCUUGGCUUGGCUGCCUGGGGUGAUUCGGGAUGACUUCUCCAGCUGAGUAAGAAUGAGAACAUUUGUAAAACGUGAAAACAGUUUGUGGAGGUUUUUGUUGUAUGCUGCAGUUGGAUCCCACGGCCUCAAAGGGCAAGCCAAAUGCUGUGGGCAGAGAGGGCUAAUAAAACCACUUUGUGGACUUUGAUCAAAA